UAGCUGGAUGACGGACCACGAGCAGCUCAGCUCUUCGAUUGCCGAAGGCUUCACCCAAAAACGUGGGGUUGACGCAGUUCAAAAUCUAGAGCAUAAUUUAGUUAGCAUACAACUGUCGAUGCAAUGAAUUUUCGCUCGUACCCGGUGACCGGACUGACAGGACUUGUAGUAGAAUAACUAGACGGGGACAUCGCUCAGGGAACGAAGUGCUUUGUGUUUUCAUGUUGGGUCCCAAUCUCGUGAGCCUCGGUCGUCGCGCGUGGUUGUUAGCGUCAAUCGAUUUCCCCCGAACGUCAAGUUUUUUCUACUGCUUUUUGCUAAAGUUCAACGUCCAACUUUCAGAACUUGCACCGUUGUAUGAUAAGCGAAAUAAAUAAAUUGCUCGGUGCAAAGAAGUUCUGUUGCUGUCAAUUCUCUGUGAAAAAAGUUUUCCUGUCGUCAUUUCAGUGGGUCAGACUUUAACUCAAAACAAAGUCUGUGAAAGUUGAGUUUGUAUGGUUUACUGUAACAACGCGACAGUACGUUUCAGUAGAAGAAUCGACUAACAUUUUCAAAGGAUAAAGUUAACCAACCUGCAGUAUGUGUUGUACGAACAUAAAAUAAUCCACACCACUUGGCACUGCAGUGUACGUCGCAGGGGAGCUAAGGAAUAGAGGACUCAUGGGAGCACACUGGAUGCAGUAUAAUUAAUUAUUAAACGGUCUUUGUAACUUUUUUUCCGAACCCCGUUGCUUGUAAGAAGAACCCCUCUCCCAGCUAAUGUUGUGACCAGCUAGUGAACGAGAGGCAACGGACCAGACAAACUACGACCGACACAUUGCACUAAAUGAUGAUAGGGAACCAUGUAACGAGACCACAUGUGCGUAUCUGGUGGCUCAUUGGUGUGUAUGUGUGUUCGUGCGAUGUAUAGUAUGUUGUGCUCAUCAUACGGAAGCCGUCCUUUAUGUGGAUAGUGGAUCAACCUUGUAGGAAACGGAGCCAGGGGGAGGCUAAUUGCUGUUUCCCUUGAAUCUCCUUCUACAGGAGUGGUGACAUCGUCCUAACGAAAUCGAUUGUUUUCCUGGUUCAUUAUGCUGAUUGUAUGACAAGAUUGAACAGACGGAAGAGAAGAUUCGUAUCUCAUCAGUGGGUGGCAAUUAUUCACGUGCGUAGUGUGCAGAAGUUAUUAUGUGAUUCAAGUGGAUAGAUGAAUCGUGCGGGAUAUGAAAUAGAGAAAAUUAUGAAGGGUGUGGGUAAUGGAAUUUGCAACGGAAAUAUAUCGUGAAUUGCUACAUUGAGGACUGUCAUCACAUAAUUAGAAGAAAAGGAAUCGCGGUAGAGAAACUGACAAGUUUUUUUGAUUGCAUUAAAUUACAUACUCAAUAAAUAUUUUAUCGGAUGCUUUAAAAGUAGAAACAAAUAGAUUAUAUAUCAUCUGUCAACCGUAAAAGAAGAAGAAAGCCACAGUUGGUGUCCCUGAAGAUGUUGCAGUUGAGAAAAUAUGAAGAAUUACAUCUGAUGCAAGGAGCAAUGCAACACAUAAUUGGUUGAGGCAGUGCCAGAAGCAUUAUACCUAAUUUUAAUGCAUGAAGAGUGAUUGCAGUAGUUUAAAUUCUCGUGGACAUUUUUUUCAUCAAGGAAUGCACAUUGCUUGCACCAGUAUGCUAUAGCUGCCUAACCAAUUAGGCGCACCGAGCAUGGAUCAACUGGAUGGGUUGGGCCUAAUCAAUUCGGAAAACUAUCACACGAAGAAAAACUCGUGUCGCAGUCAAAGUUGGAGUAAACGCAGACGGCGGAAAUGUUCACCAUCCAACUGCUGCCCUGUGCCGUACCGAUACUUUUAUCUCUUCCUGCUACUACGGAUAACAGUGGCAGCAACAAAAAAUCCCUCCAGUAUUAGCAGUAGCAGCAGCAGCAGAAGCAUUGCCACCGGAGAGCGAAUCCACGAACAAUAUCAACGUUUCGCCAUGGAACCUCAGGAUCAGACAGCAGUAGUGGGAUCACGAGUGACCCUACCUUGUCGGGUGGUGAACAAAUCGGGGCAGUUACAGUGGACAAAAGAUGACUUUGGUCUGGGAACCAACCGGAUACUGGGCGGUUUCGAGCGGUACUCGAUGGUAGGAAGUGAUGAAGAGGGAGACUUUUCGUUGGAUAUUUUUCCUGUUAUGUUGGAUGACGAUGCCAAGUACCAGUGCCAGGUUGGUCCUGGAAAAAAAGGAGCUCCCAGUAUACGAUCCCGCUUUGCAACAUUGACUGUGCUGGUACCACCAGAACCCCCAACUAUUGUGCAAGGAGACUUCAUGGUCACAACCGAAGAUAGAGAAAUUGAGCUAGAGUGCGUCUCAGUGGGCGGCAGACCAGCAGCAGAGAUAACCUGGAUCGACGGACUGGGCAAUGUACUCACGAGUGGCAUCGAGUAUAUGAAAGAACCGCUCUCCGAUUCCCGUCGUUUCACUGCUAAAUCGAUUCUCAAGUUAACACCCAAAAGGGAACAUCAUAAUACAUCUUUCACUUGUCAGGCACAAAACACGGCAGAUCGGACGUACCGAUCGGUUAAGGUAAAGUUGGACGUCAAGUAUGCUCCGAAAGUGACCAUCACAGUCAUUAGCCGCAACAACGAUGGAAAGAUGCUGGUAGGAAGCGAUGUUCGGUUGCACUGCCAUGCCGAUGCCAAUCCUCCCGAUAUCACCUAUCGGUGGUACGUUGGAAACGAAAUGCUGAUUGGUGAUUAUUCUACAGAGUUGGUAAUUUUGAAUAUCUCCAAAAAGUACCAUGGCACAGUUGUAGAGUGUGAGGCACGCAAUGUUGUAGGUAAAAGUGAGAAAAGUGAAACAUUGGAUAUCAGUUAUGCACCGUCCUUUCGCAGCCUCCCGAAAUCGGUGGAGGCUGACCUAGAAACGAUGGUCUCAUUGUACUGCGAUGUGGAUAGUAAUCCCUCACCGGAUAUUGUUUGGAUACAUGGUUCUGGCAGAGUCGCAUCUACUUCGCCCAACUUUACACUUACGGUUACGCAUUCAACCGCAGGUCUUUAUUUAUGCAAGGCUUCUGUUCCCGGCUUUCCCGAGAUACAGACUGAGGUAAGCGUUUAUCUGAGAGGUCCACCAAGUAUCAACUCGCCGAGACAGCAGUUCGGUAGCAUCACCGACACCGGACAGCUCGAGUGUGAGGCUUUCUCCAUCCCGAAGGCGAAACAUAUCAUCUGGGCCCACAAUGGGCACGAAAUUAACACCAGCAGUGAGCACGAUGAGUACACCGUCAUCGAAAGCUAUCAACCGGAAGGUGUCAAGUCGACUCUUAUCAUUCACAACAGCCAGCGACAACACUUUGGCGGCUACAAUUGCACGGUGAUCAACGACUAUGGACUGGAUUUCGUAGAAAUUGAUUUCAUCUCGAAAGAAAAUAUUUUAUUACCAGUCAUCAUUUUCGGUUCCCUUGGUGGGCUGACACUUUUAAUCAUCAUUGUCCUGCUGGCGACAUGCUUUCGGAGAGACAAGAGCAGAAAAGAGCUCCCACCAGCGGAUGUCAUACCGAAGCACCAUGUCUCUGAAAAGGAUUGCAAGGAGUUGGAUCGUCGUACAUCGAACGUUAGUAACCUGAAAAUAGAUCGUGAUAAUGAAUUUAUGGAAACUAACCUUGGACUAGAUGGUAUGACAACUCAGGUGAACGUGGUUCUCGGAUCGAGCUCUACAAUUGCACAUCCUAACAGUGCAAGGCAUCUGGAUGAAGCUGUUGGUUCUAUGGGAAGGUAUACAUAUUUUCGGCCGACUGAUAAGUUCACUAGCAGUUUCAGCAAACCAUCUGGAAAGGAUGCUGGAAAUAACAGCAGCACUUACGCAUCAUACAUGGAUUAUUCCAGCGACUACAAUCCAUCUGCAACCCACCUUAGGAAAAUCCGUACGAGCACUAGCAGUAAUAACAUCAGCAGUGACACAAGUAACCAAAAUCACGAGAACGAAUCCGUGCAUGUUGGGUGCCAUCGUAUGCCUGACAUAAGACAAAAUAACGGCCUCUCCAGCAUCCAUGGCAACGUGAUCUCGCUGUCCAAUAGUUUGAUCAAACAACCACUUCUCCAAGGCCAUCUCACAAUCGAUUGUCGAUACGGUAACAAUUUUGGGAAGUCAUAUCAACGCAAUUCGAACGCCGUCCCUCCUGCUACAGCCAAUCCCGCUGUUACACCUGCCCCACCACCGUACAAUGUUGCUACACGAACUUCGCAAGGAAUAGGCGCUGGCUCUGUAACAACUGGUUCCGGUUCCAGUCCAGCAACUACGGGCGCUAGUUCAACUAGUCCAAGCUCUGCACAAUCCACAUCUUUGACACUUUCGCAGAGUUCUCAGCAAUCUCAGCAACCUCCUCCGUUAGUCCCUAGAGUAGGAGUAGGAGGUGGAACAGAUGCAUCUGAAAGUGGCACAACACCGCUGCCGGCGGCGACUCAUUCCACCGAUAGUGGGCAGUUCAUCAUUCCAAACACUGGCAGCCUUAAGCAGCAGGGAGCACUGGCAACACACGUGUGAAACAAAUUACUCGAGUCAAUAUAAACAGUGAGGCUUAGAACGAGGCACGACGUUUUAAGCGCAGCCGUCAAUUAAAAAAUAACAACGCGCAUUGUUUUGUUCAUUGUACCAAAACGGAAACUCUGUUUAUCGUAUUUAAAACGUUUUAAAACAUAGCUCAACGAGAUCACUUCAUUAUAAUACUAUAAUUAUAGUUUAUUAUAAAAUAAACGCGGAAUACAUCUAAAUGUUAUAAUAAUGAAAAUGUAAUCAAUUCUCUCAGCCAGGGCCUUUUUCCAAUUUUACUGCAGAAUGUAUUGAAACUCUUCUUAUAGUAAGAAACAGUGAAGACAAGACAAUUAUAAAAAGAGCUAUGGUUUAGUACACAAGAAUAUUUUUAUCACGGUCAGGUAUGAAAAAUGUAAUUCUAAUUAGACCAAAACUUCUGAGAAGCCAUAUCAUAAAAGUCUAAAAUGAAGGUAAUGAACGAAUCAUUUAACAUCUGGACAAAUUACUUAUUUUCCUAGUUGUCGGAUGUGGAAUGUUUUGACGGAAGUUUGUUUUGAAACGUUUCCUCUUUCACAGAACUGAAAACUUCGUUAAACUAAGAAUCGGAAUCUGUAUUUGAAGAUGUUGAGAACGUUUAAGACCUUCCCUUUACACAAGUCAAACGUCCGGUUAUCUCGAUCAAAGAGGAGACAUAUAUCGUGGAUAUUGUACUUGAAUAUAACUUAUUUAAUUUAUUUCAAUCCAUGUGAUUGAAUUUGCCAAUUUUAACGAGAUUAUCAUUGGGAAACAUUCCGCAUUCACUGUAUAAAAGAACGAAUUGAAGAUUUCCAAAUCACUCAAUAUUGGACCACUGUUCUUCACUCAUAAACGCAUCUUCGCCGAUUGAUCUGCUUCAGUGUCACCUAGCACUAUUAGCAGCUAUAGUCCUGGGGUGUCCUUUGCUGUCAUUAAGCAUACUUCUUCGCAUAACUCGGUCCAUGGUUGCUCGUCACCAGUCACGGAUGCUUCGUAGAUCGCCCUCCAUUUUAUCGAUCUACCUUGAACGCUACUCUCUUCGUUUUCAUGGCCCAGCCGGAUCAAAUUCAAGAACACGACAUGCACAGCCCAUCGUAGCAGUUCAUGAUUCAAAUCCAGUCUAAGUUUGGGGAACAUUAUUCUUAGGAUGAGCUACAAGGAAGAGGCAAAAAACCCGGUUCUUCCAACCCGAAAGUUGUAUCUCUAAUCAAAGAACAAAUCAAUGUCAUUACGUGAUUUGGUCAAAAAAGCAGGAACAAGUGUCGGAAUGAUCCAGUGUAUCAAGAGGCGAAAUCAUCUGAAGACCUACAAGAAUCAGAAAUACUCGAAACAAAGUGUAGAACAGAAGAAGCGAGCAGCAACAAGGGCCCGGAAAUUAUAUUCGCGUAUUUUGCAGUAUCCGGAUGCAUGCGUUUUGAUGAACGAUGAGACUUAUGUAAAAGAGGACUCAAAAACCCUUCCAGGUCCACAAUACUUUACUGUCGGCGUUGGGGAGGAUGUGAGCGAUGCGGACAAGUCGAUUCAAGUGGAGAAACUCGGUCGAAAGGAACUGGUAUGGCAGGCAAUAUAUUCCUGUGGUUUGAAGUCAACCAUUUUUUACACUACCGGAACUUAAAUGCAGAAAUCUAUCGAUCUGAGUGUUUCCAGAAGAGAUUGCUGCCUUUAUAUAUGAAGCAUAGCACACCUUCACUGUUUUUACUGGAUUUGGCGUCGGCUCACUAUGCCAAAACCACCCUCAAUUGGCUUGUGGAAAAGGGUAUACAAUUCGUUGAGAAAAAUAUCAAUCCACCAAAUUGGCCUCAGCUUCGACCCAUCGAACGUUACUGGGCAAUCGUGAAGAGGGUCUUCAAGAAAACUGGUUAGGCAGCUGGGAACAUGCAGGAGUUCAAAAAAUUUGGGCUCAAGCGUCCAAAACAUGCGAUGCAACACUUGUCCGGAACUUGAUGAAGAGCGUUCGAUCAAAAGUUGGAAAACUCGUGAAGGAAUAACUUAAAUUUCAUCCGGUUUUCUUUAUGCUCAAGUUUAACCUCGUACAAUAAAGGAUUAAUUUUUAGUUUGAAUAAAAUAUCGUUUUUUAUCAUAAUUUGAAAGAAAAAUUUGUGUAUAGCUUAUUUUCGAUACACUCCUUACGAUAGAUGAUCCGCAGCACCAUUCCUCCGGAAACAUGCGUGCGUUGAUCCUCUGCUAACAGAAUCCAGGUCCCGUGGCAAUAGAGAGGAACGGUAUAAUGAGCAUUUUUUAGAUGGUUAACGUCGUGCGGUGGCGUACUUCACUCGAUCGAAGGGUUUUCCUGAGUCCAAAGUACGCACGAUUUUCUACCAAAACGCGCCUCUGAAUUUCUUUACUGGUAUUAUUGACUCGAAAUACACAAACUCGUCAACCACCUCAGUAUCGUCACCUUUAAUCAAUAUUCUUGCUGGAAGGCGUAGUUUUUCUUCUCUAGAGUCUCUUCUUCUCAUUUAUUUGGUUUUGAUUCAUUUAUGGACAGUGCGAUACGCUCAGCUUCGGUUGUCAGUCCGAUGUAUGUUUCCAUCAUCUUCUCAAGGGACGUGUCACCAUAUCAAUAUCGUCAAUGAGACUGAAAAGUGUCGUGUCGAUCUUCGCUCUUCGAAUUAAAAUUUCCAAAGCAAUAUUCAACAAGAGACAAGAGAGAUCACCUCUCCAUAGCCCUCUCGCCGAAGAUUUGAAAGAACUUGAGAGCGUUCCAGAUACUCGGACUUAACACAUCAUUCUCUCUAUUGUUGUACUGACCAAUCGCGUAAAUUUACCCAAAAACCGUAUCUGCUUCAGAAAGGAGCAUUAUUAUGACCGUUCUUUUUUUAAGCAUUGAUGCUACAUGUCCAGAAAACUUAAAUCUGUCGUACUUUAUUAGCUCGGCAUCCACAAUUAAGAUCUACGGAUCAUGUUUUAGGUACUCUUCCUCAUAUCCAAUCAUUCGAAGAACUUACAUACAUUUAUUUGCACUAGAUCACAUUUAAUAUAACACAUAAACAACAAUAGUACGCCACAAUACUUGGUCUGUGGCUGCCUCUCUCCAUCCUCGAUCACGCUCAAUACUUGCCAGAUCACGUUCUACCUGGUCCACCCAUUUUGCCCGCUGCGCUCCCCGCCUUCUUGUUCCAAACGGAUUUGUGGCAAACACCAGUUUAGCAAGGUUGUUGUCCGGCAUUCUUGCAACAUGCCCUGCCCACCGCAUUCUUCUGGCUUUGGCCAACUUCUGGAUGCUGGGUUCGUCGUAGAGUGUAGCGAGCUCGUGGUUGAUUCUUCGCCACCACACACCGUUCUCCUGCACACCGCCGAAAAUCGUCCUUAGCACGUUCGAAAACUCCAAGUGCUUACAGGUCCUCCUCGAGCAUGAUCCAUGCUUCGUACCCGUAGAGGAUCGUCGGUCCUAUAAGCGUUUUGUACAUGGUACAUUUCGUGCGGGGGAGAAUCCUCUUUGACCGCAAAUUCUUUUGGAGCCCGUAGUAGGCACGACUUCUACUGAUGAUGCGUCUUCGUAUUUCACGACUCACAUUGUUGUCAGCCGUUAGUAAGGAUCCGAGGUAAACAAAUUCUUCCACUAUUUCGAAGGUAUCCCCGUCUACGUGACAUUACUUCCUAGACGAAUCCUGUCGUAGUCGGUUCCGCCUACUAGCAUGUACUUGUUUUCGACGCAUUUACCACCAGUUAAACUUUUGUUGUUUAGCGUUUCAGGCGAGUAUACAACUCUUUCACCGUUCCAAAGUUUCUCGCGAUAAUGUCCAUGUCAUCCGCAAAGCACAUAAAUUGACUGAAUUUCGUGAAAAUCGUACCCCAGCUGUUAACCCCAGCUCGUCGCAUUACUCCUUCCUAGGCGAUGUUGAAUAGUAGGCAUGAGAGUCCGUCAUUUUGUCGCAGUCCCCGGCGAGAUCCGAAUGAACUGGAUAGUUCACCCGAGACCCUUACGCAGUUUUGCACACCGUCCAUCAUAGCUUUAAUCAUUCUAGUCAGCUUCACUGGAAAGCUGUUCUCGUCCAUAAUUUUCCAUAGCUCUAUGCGGUCGAUACUAUCGUAUGCUGCCUUGAAGUAGAUGGACAGGUGAUGCGUUUGGACUUGGUCUUCACGGCAUUUUUGGAGGAUUUGGCGCACGGUAAAGAUCUGGUCCGUUGUCGAUCGGCCAUCGACGAAACCGGCUUGAUAACUUCUCACAAAUUCAUUCGUUUUAGGUAAUAGACGGCGGAAGAUGAUCUGGGAUAGCACUUUGUAGGCGGCAUUCAGAAUUGUGAUCACUCGGAGAUUCUCGCAUUCCAAAUGGUCGCCUUUCUUGUGAAUGGGACAAAUUACCCCUUUCUUCCACUCCUCCGGUAGCUGUUCGGUUUCCCAGAUCCAGACUAUUAAUCGGUGCAAACACGUGGCCAUCUUUUCUGGGCUUAUCUUGAUGAGUUCAGCUGCAACGCCAUCCUUACCAGCUGCUUUGUUGGUUUUGAGCUUGUGCAUGGCAUCCUUAACUUCCCUCAGGAGCUGAAUCAUUUCCGUCUUCUGCUGCACUGACGUAGUCGUUACCUCCGUCAUCUUGAGCCCCCAUGUCUACGUUCUCCGCGCCGUUCAGGUCCUCAUCGAAGUACUGCUUCCACCUUUUAAUCACCUCACGUCCAUCCGUUAAGAGGCACCCGUCCUUAUCCCUGCACAUUCCGGCUCGCGGCACAGGGCCGUUGCGGGAUUUGUUGAGCUUCUUGUAGAACUUCCGUGUUUCUUGAGAACGGUACAGCAGUUCCAUUUCCUCGCACUCCACCUCUUCCAGCAGGCGUUUUUUUCUCCCGAAAGAUGCGGGUCUGCUCUUUCCUCUUCUGUUUGUAUCAUACCACGUUCUGCCGGGUUCCAUGCUGCAACAUUACCGCCUGCGCUGCGUUCUUCUCCUCCAAAAUCCCUCUGCACUCUUCGUCGAACCAUUCGUUCCGUCUACUUCGUUCCACGUACCCGACUGUGCACUCGGCUGCGUUGCUUAUGGCUGAUUAUACUGUACUCCAGCAGUUUCCUAGGAGAGCCAUAUCGAGCUCGCCCUCGUUUGGCAACGCUGCCUCGAUAUUCUGCGCGUAUGCUGAGGCGACAUCCGGUUGAUUCAAUCGCUCUAUGUUGUACCGUGGCGAAAUCUGGUACCGUGCAUUGUUGAUGACGGAGAGUUUUGGGCGCAGAUUCACCAUCACCAGAUAGUGGUCAGAGUCGACGUUAGCACCACGAUAGGUCCUGACAUUGAUAUUGUCGGAGUAGUGCCUUCCAUCAAUCAGAACGUGGUGGAUUUUCAAGCAGAGGUGAUCUCCAGGUGUAACGAUAAGGGAGGCUAUGUUGGAAGAAGGUGCUACGAAUGGUCAUGUUCUUGGAGGUGGCAAAAUCGAUGAGUCGCGACGUUUCUUUUAUGUGCAUCUAUUAAGACGUCAAUUCUAUGUGGGCAGUACAUCAUCACUGUAUUUUAGUAAUUCGCUUGAUAGUUGAUUAAUGCCAACUGUAGCAAGUGCUUAGCACACACACACUUUGAAAAAAAUUGAUAUUUUACAUCUUAUGAAAUGCACAUAAAUGGAGCGUCGUAGUUCACGCAAAUUUACGUGCAAAAACAUUCAAUACUGGGUCUAAAAUUCCAUGAUAUGACAUUCAUUGAAAUAAAAAAGAAGUAAUGAUAGCAACCCGCUGUGACUUCAAUCGAGAAUAAUAAAUCGAACCAUAGAAGCACACAUCUGUUAGGCUGGUAAAAACUGCAUUUAAAUUCAUACAGUCUCACCCGCUAGCCAAACGCACAUUACAGUCAAAACCAGUGAAAUUCAUGCUAAUCCUACAUUAAGUCAUUACAAAUGAAACUUUGUGUCAUUUGACAAAUUAGGUCCUUAUGAAUUACAUCGUAUGAGGGAUUAUGAUACCUGUAAAAUUCAUUUUUUUAGUGUGGCCUCUGCGUGAACGGUUCAAUUUCUUAUUCGACUUUCUUGUGUCUUUAGCACGAAUAAACUUUGUAAUCUCAAUCUUCCUUCUAGCGCUUUUGAUGUAUGUUUCCUAAAUAGAGGCGAAUUCGAAAUACGGCAACUAAAACCGUACAAACAGUAUUCAGGUUAUCUACAAUACAAAAAAAUUUAAAGAGAUGCUGAAUUCUUCUCAGACACUAACUGCUUGCAUUUGUCGUCAAACAAGACAAUUAUUUCGUUCGCUGUCUCCGUACCGAGUGUUGCUUCUGUUAUGCUACCUAUAGCAGAUCGAUUGUCUCUUCAGCCAAGUUACUAUUCCGUUGGUAUUGCCACUUCCAGCUACUGCGAGUAAUGUUAGGCCACUCUCUCAGCCCGAAGCUGGUAGAUGUUCAGUCAGGACGGAUGCAAAGAUGGGAAAGUUAUAAUACUCAUUAGUUACCGGAGAGUGUCAUCCCUCGAGAUUCAUGCUUAAAAUAGAUUCCAAGAGAUUAGAUUAAUAAAAUGUUCUACGAUUACAAAGUUAUGUGCGGUCAAAACACGAUCAUUUAUCUUUAAAUUUACUUAAUUUUUAAUUGUUUUAUUUAUAACUAAGCAUUCAUCUAUUUACUCGCAGUACUGACAACUCGGAACUCAUUCCACUGCAUAAUCAUGUUGAUAUUGAUGAUGUUAUCAAUUUUAUACAUUUAUCAAGACUUCAAGUCAUAAUACAGGAAUCAGAAUCAGAACUGAUUGGUCCAAGUGGCACGUUCCAGUGGCAUGUGCCACAUACUGAAAUUUCAUGUCCUAUCACAGCAAUUCGAUACAAAAGUUUUGCGAUUGCUUAAGUCUAUGACAAACAUACCGAGCUUUCCAAGCAGGAACAUAAAAUAACAUGUUAUAUUCUAAUGCAUGAAUACAAUUUUGAAAGCUCGACUACAUAUGUCAAUCUCAGAAGACGUAAAUUUGCCGAUUUUUCAAAGUGUGUACAAAAACAAUCGCGUCAUAAAUCCCCAUAUAACCAGCGGAAUGUACCACAUGAUCCAUUUUUUUCUUAUUCCCGCAUACCUAAACGGUAGAACAAACCGAAAAAGCAUAUGAAAGAAAACGCCUAGUAAAAGUAAUUUUUGAAACAGGAAUCGUCCCCAGACAAGAUUCGAAGUGGUGCAUACGCACUCCCAUUUCACUACUUCGGUUCGACACAAUUCCAGAACGGCACACUAUUGAAACAAGAUGGCACAGAUGUGUCAGUCUUCGUCUUUAGCUGAAAACUGAACGAUCACGAAUCAUUAAUCGACAGAAGAAAAGGAUACCAUAGGAGCACUCAGAAUGCGAAAUAUAUAUCGAAUAGCGCAUUUUCCUCCCAUUGAAACCCCCGCAUCGGUCAUGUAUCAGAAGAUUAUGACGAGUUGGAAUUUUCAACUGGUACGGAUGAGUAACGAAGAGCGCUACCGGUGCUCCUCAGUCAGUUCCCAUUGGAAAGAGAAAUGGAAAGUUUUCACUUUGGAUCCGUUCAAGCUGGUUCAUUUUCUUCAAUGAUGGAUACAAGUACAUUUCCUGGAAAUGCGCUAAUAAAUGUAUUCUCGGUCGUUUUCCCUUCAGCUGGGGUGGGUCGGGCAGGAAGGUUGAUCCAGCGACUGAAACCUGAUGGUUCGGUUCAAUUUCAGACUUAGUAUCGGGACGUGAUUGAUGUAUGAAAUGUGUACUAACUUGGUAGUAUUAAUAAAUAAUUUAAUUGAAACUUGUUUGCAAGUACAACUAUCUCAUUUUGCUGGAAUGUUGAUUUACGCAGGAAUUGGUUUAAUGAAUAGUAAUAAUUUAUUUGAUUAAAUGACUGCAUACCAAUUGAAGAAAGCAUUGAUAUUGAUUUAUUUACCUAUAACAUUCACAUAUGCCUAACUAGUUACAGACAAUUCAAAUUACAGUCGAGUGCCAACGCAGAAACAUUUUGAAUCUACACGAAAAAGAAAAGAUUCGAAUAGAAACUGAAUUUUGAGGCACAUUUCUCAACGAUUCAAACAAUAAAAAAUGCUAAUGAACACCACAUUUAAUAGUAAUAACUCUAGCAUCAACGCAGCGUUGGGGUAUUCGCUUAUUAUAACAGAUUUUAAAAACAAAUUCUACACCGUCCCUUCUCCAUUCCCCGAUACACCACUGAAGGAAUUCUAUUUGGGAAAGUGUCAAGAACGAAAAAAUUGUAACAAAAAAAAUAGAAACGAAAGCAAUUUCAACUUUUAUCGGUAAGUUUUCGCCGGCUGAAAGAAUAAUGUGAGCUUGUGUAAAAAAUAAAUGCAAAGCAAGUGCAGCACAGCAAACUAAAACUGUCGGCUGAAGUAAAACGUCGCUCGCUAGCAUCCGAUAAGCAACAAGCAACGAAUGACGGAAGAUGCACAAGAGUACAUUUUGAGAAUAAAUUGCACUGCCCAUCGAUAUCUACAGACAGACAGGUUUAUCACGACGUUGUCUAGAAAUAAAGAAACAAAAUAUCAAACCAAACUAAAACAGGAAGACAGCGAACGCGAGGAGUAAACAAAACUUGGACUGAUAAAUAAAUAAGGCUAGCAGUAAGAUAAAAUUAUUGCAUGAAGUAAGGAAAAAUAUGCAAACUUUUCACUUUCUUUUAUAAGUCAUUAAACAGUUGAAAUUACAUUUUACAAUAAGUUGUUUCAUCUGAGAAACGACGAAUCCAUUCAUCAGUUUUGAAUUACGUAAGAACUUAUGCCUUCAAUACUAAUAUUUCGCUCGAUAAACUCAUUGGUAUGUAUUUAGCUUAUGUCUCACCGAUUCAUAGAUAGAAAAGUUGGAUAUCAAUAUUUUGACUUAGUAUAGUGAAAUUAUGCUGUAGAUAUAGCCGUAGUCAUUGCAAUGAAAUAAAAACGAAAUAAAAAAUCGAUAAAAACAUGACGCAA